AUGGAGCUGGUGGCGGAGCUGAGGGGCCGCGACGGGCAGACGCGCUCGGUGCGGGUGCCGUGCCCGGCGGAGGAGGGCGAGGGCGGCCAGCUGCGCGGGCUGCGGCGGGGCCUGGCCGAGCUGCAGGAGCGGGUGGUGGAGCUGCUGGCGCCCCUGGUGCAGGAGGAGAGAGAGGCGGCGGGCGGCGGCGGGCCGCGCGGUGACGUCGAGGAUGACGACGAGGAGGAGGGGGAGGAUGAGGAUGAGGAUGAAGGCGAAGCGGAGAACGGCGCCGACACCGACUCGAAGGCGGGCGCCGAUGACCCGCCCCCAAAGCGGACGAGAGUUCGGCAGCCCUGA